AUGCACAAAGAUAUCCUCGCUGUGCCCCAAUCCAGCGACGGGUAUGGUGCUUUCAACAUCAACAAGUGUUAUAUCACAGACUGCGACCAAAGAUACAAGGUCGGUGAUAACUCAACGACCAGACUCAAUGAAGACUCUAGUGGCCGUGGAUGUGGGGGUAAAAACCACAAUGCUCGGAAUUUCUGCUGCCCCGCUAGAAAUGCCCCUGUGACGGACACCUGCUACUGGACAGGCGGCCCCAAAAAUUGCCAUGGCCAGUGUGCUGCCGGAGAGGUCGGCAUGGUUUUGGAUGACUACGGUGACAGCGGAAAGCGUUGUACUAAUGGAGGAAAGAAAGUUUGGUGCUGUCCAGCAACAAAUGGCCAGGCAGCUAUCCAGAAGUGCGCUCUCACCAAGUACAACAAGCAAUGCCCCAGCGAUCUCCCCCAGGAAAUGACUACAGUCGGCUCUUGGAGACGUGACCUUGAUGAAGUGGGCUAUCUAAUUGAACAGAAGUUCUGCUAUCCAGCAAAGCCGGACUACGAUCUCGAUCAGUGUGGAUGGUACGGGGAAAACAAAUACUGCAAUGACAACGAAUGUCCCUUGGGCGAGGUUGAGCUCUUCAGGUGGAAUGGUUGGCAUGAAGGCCUUAAGGCUGGGUAUCAUGGCUGCAACAAGGGUCGUAGACAUGCGUUCUGCUGUCCCCCACCUCUGAGUGAUGGAUCUGCAUUUCUUCCAGUUCCCCUAGAAAACCUUUUUCCUUCGGCAGGUUCAUUCCUCGACAGCUAUGCCACCACUUUUGCUCAAGACUUUGACACGUCGGCCGAUGAGACAUUCGGUGACUAUCGUGGAAAUGACCCCAAUAUCAACGCCUUCGCUUGGAUCGUCGUGGUGGGAGAACCCGAGGACGUUCAGAGUUUCGAUAAAAGAGAUGGCUCUCACCUAGAGCUCUUCGACUGCCCUGAUACCGAAGCGGACGACUUCAGCAUUCAAAAGCUUAGGGCCGCAUAUGUGGGUGGAAAGGACAAUGAGAUUAACUGUUCGGAUAUCCUUCUUUCAUAG